UCAAUCAUUACUCUUGCCAUCAUCUCUCACAAAAUCCCGCCUGCUCUCAAAUUUCUGAAAUAAAUCCUCAUUUCACAAAUCGUCAAACGCGAUCUGGGUUCUAUCUUCUUCGAGUCCCCUUCUUGUCAUUGUCACGUGAAUCGCGUCCUGUAGCGACGAAACUCUGUCCCUUGGACACCACAUAACAAAUUAUGACCUUGCCCUCAACCAAAAGAAUAUCUGAGUCGGAUAUGAAGGAUUUAACCCCCAAUUAUUUCGAUUCUCUCGAGACCCUCACUCGAAGCCGCCUAGAGCCCGUUUUUCAGAAAGCGAUCACGGCUAUAGAGGCCAAUAAAUCACCCGCUACACAAAAUACCACCACUGUCAACGAUAUAGGAGAAUUUUUGGUCUCAGCUGCCGAUGUCUGGGUGCAAUUAACCAAGGAAUUGGUUCAGAGUCCGGAAAUGCAUCAGGCCAUCUUAGACGCGCACGAGGAUUCAAAAUCGGAAACCAGAUUGUCAGACCUAUCGGGGAUACUAUUAAUGGAUAUCGAUCUCGCUAGACUCUGCAAGAUCCGAGAUUUAACAGAAAGGUUCUCACGCGAUAUCCACGAUAUUUGGCACGCAGGCGUGAAGGGUAGUCCUACAUCAUCUAGGUAGCAUGCCUGCGUAAUGGGUGGCAAGGUGAAGCUAUUCCAUCAAGAAGAGUCAAACUGGACAAUCAAUAAUAUAUUUCCUAAUCCCUUCACUGUCGUCGCCAUAUUAUCUGGACGAACCA